ACCUGGGGGGCAGCCUGGCAGCGUCCCAUUGCACUGAGUACUCACUGGAGGAGGUCCUCACGGCCACCAAUGACUGGUCUCAGGACCACCAGCUGGGCUCGGGUGCCUUUGGCGACGUGUACAAGGGCGUGUCUCCCCGUGAUGGCACCACAGUGUGGGCUGUGAAGCGCGCCAAGCUCAUAGACGUGGACUUCCAGAAGGAG